CCUCGACCUUUCCAUUUCCUCUUUGUUUUCCACCGUAUCAUCUUCUCCCUUCGGCUUCUUCGAUCCACACCAGUGUUCGAAUCCCAUCAGUGUUCGAUCGAGAGCUCGCUCCUCUCCAUCGUCAUCAUUGUCAUCAUCAUCAACGUCGCCAUGUAUAGAGUCGCAUCGUCUCGUCUCAAGGCUCUAAAGCAACCUGGAGUCGAUGCCCAAAGUCUGAAUGCUGCUAUUAGAUUUGCUAGCACCAGUGUAGCAAAAAGGUCUUCUGGUGGCUUCUUUAGCUGGCUCACAGGCGGACGAUCUAAUCAACUUCCUCCUCUAGAUUUCCCACUUCCAGGCGUCAUGCUUCCUCCUCCACUACCUGAUUAUGUAGAACCUGCCAAGACGAGAAUCACAACUCUUGCAAAUGGUGUGAAGAUUGCCUCUGAAACAUCUCCAAGGCCUGCUGCUUCAAUAGGAUUAUACGUGGAUUGUGGUUCUGUAUAUGAAACGCCUGCAACUAUAGGUGCAUCACACCUUUUGGAGCGCAUGGCUUACAAAACCACAACAAACAGGAGCCAUCUGCGCAUAGUACGUGAGAUUGAAGCUGUCGGAGGAAGUGUCACUGCAUCAGCUUCCCGUGAACAAAUGAGUUAUACUUUUGAUGCUCUGAAAACUUACAUGCCCCAAAUGGUUGAGGUGCUUAUUGAUUGCAUGAGAAAUCCCGCUUUUCUCGAUUGGGAAGUCAAAGAACAGUUAGAGAAAAUGAAGGCAGAGCUCGGAGAAAUUUCUAGCAACCCUCAAGGCUUGCUUUUGGAGGCUAUUCAUUCUGCUGGCUAUUCUGGUGCAUUGGCAAAUCCUCUGAUAGCUCCGGAAUCUGCAAUAAAUAAAUUAAACUCAACCAUCUUGGAAGAAUUUGUCGCGGAAAACUACACUGCUUCUCGAAUCGUACUCGCAGCGUCAGGUGUAGAACAUGACGAACUGGUAUCCAUUGCUGAACCGCUCUUAUCUGAUCUUCCCAAUGUAUCACAAUGUGAAGAGCCCAAAUCUGCGUAUGUCGGAGGGGAGUAUCGAUGCCAAGCUGAUUCAUCGAAGACUCAUGUUGCACUGGCGUUUGAGGUGCCUGGUGGUUGGCGUAAAGAGAAGGAUGCCAUGACUCUAACAGUACUUCAGAUGCUUAUGGGAGGCGGUGGCUCAUUUUCUGCUGGAGGGCCAGGAAAAGGGAUGUUUUCUCGGUUAUAUUUGCGUGUCUUAAAUGAAUUCCCUCAAAUCCAGGCAUUCUCCGCUUUUAACAGCAUAUACAAUGAUACCGGCGUUUUCGGAAUUCAUGCAACCACCGGUUCGGAGUUUGCUCCUAAAGCUGUUGAUUUGGCAGCUAGAGAGCUUCUUUCAAUAGCCACUCCUGGGCAAGUUGACCAAGCUCAACUAGAUCGUGCCAAAGAGUCGGCUAAGUCUGCUGUUUUGAUGUACCUGGAAUCACGAAUCGUAGCUUCAGAAGACAUAGGUCGGCAGGUUUUGACAUAUGGAGAAAGGAAACCUGUUGAGCAUUUCCUGAAAGCCAUAGACGGAGUUACAUUGAAAGAUAUGACUUCCCUUGCCGAAAAAAUCAUUUCUUUGCCGCUAACAAUGGCUUCGUGGGGAGAUGUUAUUCAUGUACCAAGUUAUGAAUCUGUGAGCCGUAAGUUUCUCGCCAAGUAAAAGUUUUGACAUCAGAUAAUUUUCUGUCCCUACCAAAUUUCAGUGUUUGUAUUUGCCGCUCCCUUGUCGUGGCAAUAACUGCAAAUAAUAAAAUGCCAAGAGAAUUGGCAAGAGCAAGUCCUUUAGGAUUAGUAACUUGCUUACAUAUUUAAUUUCAUACCCUUGUUUUUCCGUUGUUUUUGUCUAAGAAAUUAGAUUCGCCAAAAUUUCGCCGGUGCAGAUGUUAUGUUUGCUGCACCAGUCGAAUCAUCCUUUGUGCUCGUCUAUAAUUUGGAUAUGCAUUUGUAAAACACGUUCUCACUUCACCACAUUUGUGAAACCUUGUUGUUGAAUAUGAGAUUUUGAGCCUUCUUAGACUCUCA